AUGUCGAUUUCCGGACUUUUUAUAUUGGAUUUGAAGGGAAAUGUGAGUUUUUUAACUGAAAAUUUGAGAAUUGUACACACGCCCGUACAUAUACAACGAAAUUUGAUCACUUAAUUUUUUCACGCAUUUUAGUUAUUUUAAUGUGUGAUUUUUUUCAUUUAUUUAUUUUCCCAAUUUUUGUGAAAAUCAUUUUUUCGUCUUAGACAUCAUGUAAGAUUUCUACACAAUCGAAUUGAUGUUUAGCUCACCAUUGAAGUUUAGUUCACCAUUGAACUUUAGCUCCCCAUUGAACUUUAGCUCCCCAUUGAAGUUUAGCUCCCCAUUGAAGUUUAGCUCCCCAUUGAAGUUUAGUUCACCAUUGAACUUUAGAUCCCCAUUGAAGUUUAGCUCCCCAUUGAAGUUUAGCUCCCCAUUGAAGUUUAGCUCCCCAUUGAAGUUUAGUUCACCAUUGAACUUUAGCUCCCCAUUGAAGUUUAGCUCCCCAUUGAAGUUUAGCUCCCCAUUGAAUUUCAGUUCACCAUUUAACUUUAGGCCCCCAUUGAACUUUAGGCCCCCAUUGAAUUUUAGUUCACUGAUGAAAAAUUUUCUUGGCAAGGAAAGAUAUUUUCUAACCAGGACAGACAUUUUGUGCGGUCAGAUAGUCGAUCGGCGCCACACAAACACGUAAGCGAUUUGACUAGUCCGCAAUGAAACGUACGGGUUUGCGCUUGGUUUCGAAAUGAAAAAUUAUCGCCCAAAUUCCACAAAGAAAUCGUGCGGGGUAACGACCAUUUUCUAGAGUGAAUGUAGAAAACGAAUAAAAUACUUUUAUUUAUAAAAAAUGAAAAAAAUCUUUAUUAGUUCCCUCAAGCAGUCCCAAAACAUCCAAUAGUGACAGUUAUGGCUCCGAUUUGUAACAUCAAUCGAGAGAUUCACAAAUAAUUGAUUCCAUCGAGUCCAGAAGAUGACAAUAGAAAACAGCCAGCCGUAUUGGUUUCUUCACGAAAAUCGAAUUUCUUGCUAAAUAUUCACCGAAACCAUGAUACUGCAGUAGAAAUUUGAAUUCCUAGAUGAAGCCGUCCCAUUUUGUGAGGAUGUUGGCUACUGUAGACGAAAACCUGAAAUAUACGGUGUUUUUAAAUAAAAAUAAUUUGAAACUCACCAUUUACGAGACCGAAAAUAAGCCAGAAUGACUGAACCAACACUAGAACACCAACAAUGGAGGCCGCCACGUAUUUCCACGUAUUCCCACAUAAUUUCACGUAUUCUCUUUUUUUUCCAAAAAAAAAAUUGAAAAAUAAAAAUAAAAAAAUGUAAAAAAUUUUUUUUCGCGUGACCUAUUUAAAUGAUCAAAAAUCGUUGUAUAUAUACUGUAAAAUGAAUUGUACACUAAAAAUCCGCAUUUUCAGGUAGUUAUAUCGCGAAAUUAUCGGGGUGACGUGGAUAUGAAUUGCAUUGAAAAAUUCAUGCCACUUUUGGUAGAAAAAGAGGAUGAGGGAACUGUUAAUCCGGUUUUGGUGCAUGCUGGAAUUAGUUAUACAUAUAUUAAAUAUAUGAAUGUUUUUUGUAAGUUUUUCAAGGGUGGAAUUAGUGAAAAUUUGUGGGGAUUUUGAUUUUUGUUGCUGAAAAACUGAUGAAAAUCAUCGAUGAUCAAAUCUAAAAAAAAUGAGCUUAAGCUUUUCCAAAAAUCUACUUUUGGGCUUGAAACAUUCCGAUUUUCAUUAUUUUUCCAUAAAAAUUUUCAACAAUUCUCGAUUUACACUUCAAAAAUCAUAAUUUUUAAAUCUAAUUUUUUCCAGUGGUCACAGUCUCAAAAAAGAACACGAAUGUAAUUCUGGUACUCUCUGCUCUCUAUAAAAUCGUCGAAGUUUUCAACGAAUAUUUCAAAAGUUUGGAAGAAGAAGCAGUUAGAGAUAAUUUUGUAAUAAUCUAUGAAUUAUUCGAUGAAAUGCUUGAUUUUGGAUAUCCACAAACAACUGAAAGUAAAAUAUUGCAAGAAUUUAUCACUCAACAAGGAAAUCGAAUUGAAAGUGCACCGAGACCACCAAUGGCUGUCACAAAUGCUGUUUCUUGGAGAAGUGAAGGUAUUUUUUCUAUGAUUAAAAUUUAGUGUUUCAAUUGAAAAUUUAUGAAAUAAUUCUCAAAAUUUCGGAACUUGGAAAAUUUUCGUGCCAAGAUAUUUCAUUUUUUCGAAAGAGAAAUUCCGGCAAAUUCAAAAUAUUUUUCUCUCUCUCAAAAAUCUCUAUUUUUCAGGUAUCAAAUACCGUAAAAACGAGGUAUUUUUGGAUGUAAUCGAAAGUGUGAAUAUGUUGGCAAACGCCCAAGGAACUGUUUUGAGAAGCGAAAUUGUGGGAAGUAUUCGAUUUCGAGUUGUUUUGAGUGGAAUGCCUGAAUUGAGAUUGGGAUUGAAUGAUAAGGUAUUCUUCCAACAAAGUGGAGCCAGUUCGCGUGAGUUUUUUGAGGGGAAAAUGACGAGAUUUCUGGAGAUUUUAUCAAGUUUUUCCUAAAUCAUAAGAUAUGUCUGAGAAAGUAUUCUGAAAAUUGAGCUUCAAAAAAUCUAAUUCUCUGCCAAUUUACAACUUUUUUUGUAGGCCGUGGAAAUGGCGGAAAAGGUGUGGAACUCGAAGAUAUCAAAUUCCAUCAAUGUGUUCGAUUAUCUCGAUUCGAUUCCGAAAGAACAAUCUCAUUUAUCCCGCCAGAUGGAGAAUUUGAACUGAUGAGUUAUCGAUUGACAACACAAGUGAAACCACUGAUUUGGGUUGAAGCAAGUGUUGAAAGACAUGCUCAUUCGAGAGUUGAAUAUAUGGUUAAAGCAAAAUCGCAAUUCAAGAGACAAUCUGUGGCCAAUCAUGUUGAGGUUUGUGUCGGAACAAAAAAUGAGGGAAGAAUUUUGAUAUGAAAGGGUUUAGAAAGUGUGCUAUUUUUCACAGUAAAACAUUUCCCAAAAAUUUAUAUUUGCUCUCAAAAAUUUCAAUCUCCCGAAUUUUUACAGGUAAUUAUCCCAGUUCCAUCGGAUGUGAGUGCACCAAAAUUCAAAACUGGUGCCGGAUCCGCGAAAUAUGUUCCCGAACUCAACGCAAUUGUGUGGACAAUUCGAAGUUUCCCCGGUGGAAGAGAAUAUAUUAUGAGAUCCUCAUUUAUGUUGCCAUCGAUUGGAAGUGAAGAUAUUGAGGGAAAACCGCCAAUUAAUGUCAAAUUCGAAAUUCCUUAUUAUACCACUUCUGGAUUACAGGUGAGAGGGCAUUUUUGUAGACUAAAUAUUGUUGGAAUGCCUAUACUUAUUUAGUGUGAAAAAUAUUCCAAAUUUCGAGCCACAUUCAACAUUUUAAAAACUCUAUUUUUUCCAGGUUCGCUACUUGAAAAUCAUAGAAAAAUCAGGAUAUCAAGCACUUCCCUGGGUUCGAUAUGUCACUCAAAAUGGUGACUAUCAACUUCGAAUGACCUAA